AUGAUCAAUACUCCAGCAAUGGUUUUACAGAAUCCCAAAGUAGUUUCUACAAAAGGACGUCCUUCUGGUAUCACUAAUCGUCAAGAAACUAACUCAACCAGAAGAGAUCCUUCCGGAUUUGAGUUGAGGGGAACGCUAGUACUAUUAAAUCACUAG